AAAGCAAAGAAAACAAACCUGUUUGUCUGGCAGCAACCAGGAAACCAAUCAAAGGCUGAGGUGAGAGAAACAGAGGCUGACAUCAAGAAAUGGAGACAAAGAAGAAACAGCAACGAGAAUGACAGAGAGCAUGUUUCCGCUGUGCUGUGAGUAGAUGUCUCAGCUCUGUUGACCCUGAAAAUGAGGGACUGCUACGCUGCUGAUACAUACAUUUGAAUUUUGGUAAGCAGAGGACUGGACUGAAUAAUUUUCUCUGUUUUCACUUCACUUUUUGGCCUUUUUUUUGUUGUGCUGCUCUUUUGAUUUUCUGUGGAUCGUAUGAACUAAAGCUACAAAUACAGUACAUUUUGAGUGGAGGUUCUCAGAUUUGACUAAAUGAAGAUGCUCCACUUCAUAUAAUGUUGGCUCUUGCUAGAUUGUGCUGUUUAAUUAUGACUGUAUUGAUGAUAAAUGGGUACUGUUUCUGGAGGCUGAGAUGAGUAGUCUCCUGAUGAUGCUGGGAACUGGCACAAACUGUUGGAAAAACAUUAAGUCUCAGCUGAGAUACUGCAUAACCUGAGCCAACAACAACAUAUUCACACUUCAGACUUCAUCAGUAAAUAUAGUUGGACCUCGGCUGUUUAUCUUCCCUCCCCCUCGUAUUCAAAUUAAACGACUGACUGACAUUUAAGGACCUGUCCAACACACAACAGCAAAAAUGAUGGCGGCAGCAAGUUCAGGAACCACCAAGAACCUAAACUCCAGCUCCCAGCCCCCAACUGGAGCAGAGCGACGACUGGUGGAAAAGGCUCUCAGAAAGCUGGAGAAACUUCAUGAGCUAUGCACCGACCCCCGGCUCGGCCUAAGGAACAGUCCACCGUACCUGCCGGACCUGGUAACUGAGACCACAGCACUUCUCAUACAGGUCUGGGAGCCUUACAGAGACUCCAAAGCAGCAGGCGGACAGACUCCCAGGGGAGACGAGGCCAAGUACCUGAGGGUCCACAUCAGAAACCUGCUGGAUAAGACCGACAAGGCUGUGCUGCUGUUUAAAGAAGGCCGGGACAAGAUAUUCGAUGACACCUCCAGUUGCAGGAGGAACCUGACCAAACUGUCGCUGCUGUUCAGUCACAUGCUGUGGGAGUUGAAGGCCAUGUUUCCUGGAGGGUGUUUUCAGGGUGACACCUAUAGGGUGACUAAGACAGAGGCAGAGGACUUUUGGAGGCAUUCAUUUGGUAACAAGUGUAUAGUGCAGUGGAAUAGUUUUAAAGAACGGCUGCAGAGAGUGCACAUGUUUGAAGAAGGGAUGGAGGCCAUGGCUCUGAAAUCAACCAUAGACCUCACCUGCAAUGAUCACAUCUCCGUGUUUGAGUUCGACAUCUUUACUCGACUGUUUCAGCCCUGGAGGUCACUUACAAGGAACUGGAACCAGUUGGCGGUAACUCAUCCUGGGUACAUGGCUUUCCUUACCUACGACCAGGUUGUAGCUCGUCUGGAGCACUACCUACACAGACCUGGGAGCUACAUCUUCCGACUGAGCUGCACAAGAAUGGGGCAGUGGGCCAUCGGUCAUGUGACCCCAGAGGGUGACGUUGUCCAGACCAUCCCCCAGAACACCCCUCUGUACCAGGCACUGAUUCAGGGCUUCAAGGAGGGCUGCUAUUUGUACCCUGAUGGCCGAGACAUAAACCCGGACCUGACUGGUUUGUGCGAACCAGCCCAGAGAGGCAAAGUCACAGUUACAGAAGAGCAGUAUGAGCUUUACUGUGAGAUUGGCAGCACCUUUCAACUCUGUAAGAUCUGUGCAGAGAGGGAUAAGGACACCCGGAUUCGGCCCUGUGGACACCUCCUGUGUCAACCCUGCCUCACAGGCUGGCAGCAGAAGUCGGCCGGCCACACUUGCCCAUACUGUCGCUGUGACAUCAGGGGAACCGAGUCCGUCCUGGUGGAGCCGUACCUUCCACACAGUCAUCUGGACGAGGACGAGGACCAAGACGAGCCUGACCACGAAGACAUUGAACUGAUGGUAAAAGAAAUGGCUGCUUUGAGGAAGUUGUCAGGUCUGGAGUACCAGCUCCCCAGAUCCGACCUCACUGGUCCACCUCUGCCCCCUAAAAGCACCACAGCACCAAGUGGUCCUGCUCCAGCAAAACUCUCCCACUCCCAUCAAGCUCGCAGUAGUAAUGAAGCAGGCAGAGCUGGCAAACAGACCGACAUCAAACGGUGUCAGGUGGAGCAAUUAAACAGCAGUAAGGAGGAAAACUCGAACCGGUCUAGACUGUCUCUGCCCCGCCCACUCUCCAACAGUGCUGAAUUCCUGACAGAAGCCAGCUUUCCUUCCUCAUCUCAGACGGAUGAAUGUGCAGUGGCGUGGAUCGGACCCUCCAGUCCAGUCAAACAGAGAAGAAAACAUAUGGAGAGGGAGCAGAAAAGAGUGGGACACAAAAAAGACAAAUGUGGCCUUGGAGAAAUGACAAGAACAAUGUCAUCCUGACUGAAAAAAAAAAAAAAAAAAACUUCUGGACCUUAAAGAUUAAAUUAAGUGAAACAUAAUGGGUAAUGGAAUAUCAUUAA